CUUAAGCCGCUCGCGCAAAUUUGGUCGACCACCACUGCUCGGAUGUCCAGAGCCCUGUAAAGGUCACGAUGUGGAUAUUUAGCAAGCUCGAAACGAGGUUGAGAUAUAAAGGGGAGCAGGGGCGGGCUGUCGAAAGUGUGGUGGGAAUUUAGGAUCGGUCAACACGUACAUGAUCUACCGUAUAUAUUUUAAUAACAAGGUGUAUAACGCCCAUACAUAAAGAUUUGCAAUCAAGCGCACAACUCUUAAAAAAAAUUAAUAGAUUACCCUUCAUUGUGUGGUAAUUGCGUACAUCUUCUGGCGUUACAAAUCUUAUUAUAAGGUGUUUGGUGUAACCCGUCUUCCUACAGUUUGGCCAAUCGACUUGCCUUUUUUAAAACAUUCAUGCUAUGAAUAUUAUUUUACGAGUUCAUCCAAGAUAUCUUAUUGCCUGUGGAGGCCAAGACAAGGCCUACGGUCAAGAAGUACUAGGUUGAUUCAUGGCAAGGAUGACUAUUUCUACUUUCAGUGCUCACUAGAUUGGGUCACGCAGCCGAGAGGCCGCAUUAGCUAAAUUUUUUUCAGCAUAGCAACAGAACAAAGAAGGCGUGCAUAAACAGGAUCCAAGAGAUCCAAACAGUUCAUUCGUUAUUUUUUCGAGCUGUUGGCAACACCGCCGAACCUGCGCUCUGUUGGUGGUGAAAACAGGACAAACAAAGGGACAAUAAAUAACAAGCCAAACUGGAAUGGGCCACAACACAACAAUUGUCUCUAGCCGCCUCUAGCGGCAUCGAUUUUGAGGGGAACACAUCCACAGCUACAUUCGCAGGACACUCACGGGGAUUUACGUGUGCGGAAAGAAGCGGCGCGGAACGCAAGCGAAGGCAGAACGAGUCUAGCUCGUUUUGCGGAUCCAGUUUUGAUGUCCUCUGACAGACGCUUCUAUUUCGCAGCGGACCUCGGAUAUAAUGCCACAGCCGAAGUGGAGGACAAUGAGGGCGGCGGGCUGUAUCCGUCCAUCUGCAAGGACAGGAUCGAGGAUAAGGGAAACAAUAACGAAGCGGAUGUGACAGUGGAAGCAGACAAGGACGACCAGGACCAGGACGCGGACGACUCAGAAUUCCUACAGGACGUGCCGUACUCCUCGAGUAGUAUCGAUCGCAGCUCGGUGGGCUCCAUCCCGUGGGCGGACGACGCCAUUAAGAAAAAUUUGCUGGACUGGGAGCGGGUGGAGCGACUGCUGAGCGGGGAGGAGCCGCUGCCAGAUCAGGAACCGGAGCUGCGCAACGAGAUAGCCGACUGGCAGCGCAAGUUUCCUAGCUUGCUGGGAGGUCGGACGCGUCCGAUGCGUCACCACAGUUUCGAUAGCCAGGCGAGGGAGGACAUAGACUCGAUGUCCAAUCUCAGUCUUAACUCCUUGGACGACGAUGACGAUGAGGAGGCGGAGGAUGGCUUCCUUACGCCCACGGCCGAGAUACAGCAGCGGCAUCAUCAGCCUGUAUCCCGCUCGUAUCUGCGUCCCAGCCAAAAGAAACUGGUGGAUUUGCUCGAUAGGGAUCUGCGUGUUACCUCCGUCUCUGUAAAACUUCUUAAACGACAACGCAGCCAGCAGCACCAACCUCAGAUGCCGAUCUCGGCCACGACGCAGUCCUCGGCCCGCCUGCGGAUGCCGCCCAUUCUAAACGUACUGGACACCAACCGACGCUUCAGGGGAUUGCUCAACAACCGCAGCUUCGUUCAGCUAACCCAGGUGCAGCAAAAGGAGCAACAACAGCACCAGGCCAAGUCUGCUGUCCUGCCCCACCAGGGCAAUCGCUCCGCCUGGCACAUGCCUAUGGCCGCCAGUCGCUUCUUCAACAACAAGAACGCAAUUGUGCUGCCCUCGCUCAACCUAGGCAGGCAUAGGGAGCUGACCACCACCACGGCCACGUCCAGCCAGAGCAACUCAAGCGGCGGCGGCGGUCACAACAGUCACGGACACAGCAACAGUUCCUCCAACCGCUCAACGCUGCAUCCCUUCGGACUGACCAGCGUCUCGAGCAACACGCCAUCGACGGGGCGGUCCAUAUCAGCAGCAGUGCAUCAUCCACGCUCCGAGUUUGCGCCGAGCAGUGCCUUCUACAUACCCUACAGUGCCUCAAAAUUCAAAGCCUUUAAGUAA